CUCUGGUCUGGAAGUUCGAGGAGAAGUGAGUCAGUGAGCUAUUGCAUACCGAAGAAGGAAUCUGGCAAGCGCACAUGACUCCACCUACUUGACAAAGAAUGGCGAACUGGCUUGAGAAAAGGCCUCCGGUACCACCAGCAAGGCGUACGAGUCUGAUGAUAGGUGACGGUUUUUCAACUGAAGUUCCUCCGAUACCACCUCGUCCUGCGACUAGAAACCUAAGAAGUUUUGAUACCGGGAUUUCUGGAUCUGGAGAUACAAACAUAUACAGCAGGGAAGGAGAUCGCAAUCCAAGGCAGUUGUCUGUACCAGCGCAUACUUCUAGAGGAAGUCCAAGAUUAGUAAGACAAGCUCAACAUGAAGCAGCAGUGCUUGGGAAGGAAGAUGCUGUGUGUGAACUGUACCCGAAUCACUGCUACAUUUAUGAUUCAGUUAGGUUGCUGAUUGACAUGCCAAGUGCUGCUGGGUACAGGUUGGUGGAGUCCACGUGUAGAGUGGCAUUUCGUGGGAAGAAGAGUCAAAGAUGUGAGAUUGUUAUCGGGUUUAGAAGAAAUCAUGACUAUGGCAUCAAAACGCACACUCCAGUGUGGUAUGAAAGGGAGGGUUUGGCAGUAACAGUUACGGCUGAGACAGGCCAAAUUUUGGGGGUGGGGUUUAUGGAAGUGUUGGAUAGGUAUAGCACAGACGGACAGUUGCCUGCAGUUGUGACAAAUGUACAGCAGGUUGAGAACUGGUGCAGUGCGAUGUUCAUAAGGGAAGUCAUUGCAGCAUUCAUGCCACUAGCUCAGCUGAAACAAGUGGUGUCUAGCAACUCAUCUUUGUUGUCUGUUUUCAUGUGGUGUGCGAGAUCAGAAACUGUUGCCACAGAAUUUCUGGACAGAGUUCUGGACUUUGCCAUGGUUAAUGGAUUACCUCCAGGUGUCUCAUUAGUGGAUAUGUUCUCAGGUCUUCCUGAUCUCAGAAGGGUAAUGGAGGCAUCAAGGUAUGCCCGAGGAUCACUAUGCACACUGCAGAGUACAGUAAAUUCUCAGUCAAAACAUCAAUUUAUCAGAGAUCAGAUUACCUGGCUUGUGACUCAAGCUGAUGCUGUGACAAAAUCUAACUUUGGCAUCAGCAAGGAAGAGCUUUCUCUUCCUUUCCGACAUGAAAGACGUUAUAGUUCAUCAGAUGAUAAAUCUUAUUUCAACAGUUCACAAGAAAGGUUGCAUGCUGAGAGAAGGUAUAGCUUCGCAAGAAGCACAACACUUCCACAUCAGGCUAUUCAUUCAUCUUAUCAUGAAGGUGGUCAUUACAACAGUCUUUUGGCUCAAAACAUCUACUCGGGGACAAGCCGAAGUGUAUCUGCCAAUGAUAUAUACGGUCUACAAUCAUUGUCUAUUAACCAAAACAAACCAAGCCAGAAUGAGGAAGUUUCCAAGACGGUACCACAUGAGGAUGGUUAUGUAACAAUGUCUCCUGUAAGUGCAACGAAGCAGAACAGCUCUAAAAGCACAUCACAAGUAGUGGAUGAAAGUUGUGAUGAGGAUAAAUCUCCUUAUGUGUAUGUUGACUCAGAUGAUGAUGAUGCAGAUAAAGGAUACUCUUUUAUUGACCCGGUUGUGCAGUCUAAGUCAAAAACAGAAAGGAAUUCUGGGAGAGAAGAAGUUGCUGCAGCUGAUGAUCCUUACGUUGACCUUGAUCCUUUUGAUUUGUAACUUCAUGUAACCUGACGGCUUCUCUGGUAAAGAUGAAGCUUCUGUGAGCUUGAGAACAGUAAAAACAGAUCGAGUUAGUUAGAUAAAACUUUCACUUACGUUUAUGUAAAUUGCGACUAUCUUUCUAUGCAAUACUAUGUGUAGAUGUAUCAGACUUUAGUCUAGCUGGGUAUCUUUCUUUGUAGUGAUCUUUUAGAGGAAUUUAAAUAUUUACUAAAUUAGAGUUGUCUACCUCUGG